GCAAAUUAAUCAAUGACAUCAUCUGGCGCUUUCUGGAGACUUUUUGAGCGUGCUCUAGCUACUUUCCCAUGAAAAGAGUUAGCAGCACUGGCACUUUGUAUGAAACAGAAAGUAGUGCACUUUCACUGUCACUUUAGCUUCUCCUGUAGGAAACGAGAGCUCGCCUGCCUCCUGAACUCGAACUUUGCACCAGGAAGUGUUAAAUGAACUCUACAAAAGUCAGCUUUGAUGUACGAAAACAUUCAUUUUGGUGCCAUUAGUUUAGUAUUUUUGUGAAGGAUAAUGGAUGUUCAGAAGUAUUUAUCGCGCAUCGGCUGCUCUGUGUCGUGUUCGUGCUCUCCGACGCUGGAGACUUUGCGCUCGGUUCAUCUCCAGCACUUGCUCGCGGUGCCUUUUGAAGAUCUCACCAUCCACACCGGAGAGCGCGUUUGCCUUGAGCUCCCGCUGCUCUACGACAAAAUCGUUUUAAAAAGACGCGGCGGAUUUUGCUACGAGAACAACGGACUUUUCUCCUGGCUCUUGUCUCAGCUCGGGUUUGAAGUCGAGAUUCUGUCUGCUCAGGUGAAGAAUCGGUUCACCGGCGCUUACGGACCUCCGUUUGACCACCUGAUCAUGAAGGUGACCCUGAACGGGGAAAGGUGGCUCUGUGAUGUGGGCUUCGGGGCCGGUUUCCAGCUCCCUCUUUCCCUCGAGACGGAGAGUCCUCAGACUCAGAGUCAUGGCGUGUACCGGGUUCGAGUUCACGGAAAUCUGCUUUUUAUGGAAACACAGUCAGAGAGUGAUGCAUCAUGGGUGGAGCUGUACAAGUUCACACUUCAGCCUUGUCAGAGAGAGGACUUUAAAGCUAUGUGUGAUUACCAUCAGAGCUCCAUGAGCUCCAUCUUCUUCUGCAAGUCCCUCUGCUCCCUCCUACUACCAAACGGAAGGAUUACUCUAAUGGGCCGCAAGCUGAUUAUCACCCACCUGGCCAGUGAAGAUGGACCACCAGUGAAGGCCACUGAAACAGAUCUUACUGAUGAAGAAAUCACUGAGAUACUGAGGGAGAGGUUUGGAAUAGUGCUGAUGUCUCCACUGAUUACUAAAGAUAUUGACAUUGUGAUCCCAUCAGUGAACUAUUAGAAUGAUACACUAUAUGGCCAAAAGUAUGUGGACACCUGACUAUCACAGCCAUCCUGUAAAUCCUCAUACAACCAUGGGUAUUAACAUUAACACUGUGUUGGUUCCACCUUUGCUGUUAUAAUAACCUCUGCUCUUCUGGGAAGGCUUUCCGAUAGAUUUUGGAGUGUGGCUGUGGGGAUUUUAUUCACUGUUCAUUCAAUCACAAGAGCAUUAGUAAGAUCAGACACUGAUGUCGGGCGAGGAGGCCUGGGCUGGAGUCAGUGUUCCACUUCAUCCCAAAGGUGUUCAGUGGGGUUGAGGUCAGGGCUCUGUGCAGACCACUCGAGAUCUUCCUUAACACACCUUAACAACAGAUGGAACAGGUUUGGGCCUCUUAGUUCCAGUGAAGGGAAAUUGUAAAGCUACAGAAAACAAAGACAUUCUAUACGAUAGUGUGCUUCCGACUUUGACGCAACAGUUUAGGGAAGAACCACAUAUGGGUGUGAUGGUCAGGUGUCCACAAACCUUUGACCAUAUAGUGUGUAAUAUAUUAUUACACAUGAAUCUGUAUACAACAGAGUUUAUAACAAGUACUGAGACUUGAUCUAUGGGCUAUUAUUUCUAUCUUUUCAUUUAUAACCCAACACGAUACAUUUCUGAAAGGUGUUGACUAUUUAGAUGUGAAGGGAAAAUGACUGAAACCCAUUGUAAUGACAUUUGGUAAUUUGGGACAUAUUUUCUGGGGUUUAGCUCUUUAAUUUCAUCCUCAAAGAUACAACGUUAUUUAUUUGUAGCAUACUGAUAUUUUAACACUUCAGUCUUUUAGAAAACGUAAUAUGAAUCGAUUUUAUAAUUUAUUUCUCGCUGUAGCAGCAUAACACAGGAUUUCAACAAAUAAACGUUGACACCUAUAUCUAAAACGAUAUGAACACACUAAGUACUCUAAGUAAAUAUUGCAUGGACAUUCCACAAUAUUAAACAUAACUAUAAACCUAUGUCAUUCUGUAAUAAAUAAAUCAAGUAUUCGCUGACAAAUUGCAGUUGUGUGAGAGGAAUAAAUCACUUCAGGAUGUGCGGUUAUAGGAAAACAAUUCACUGAUAGUAAGAGCAGCUUGUUAUGCUUCAUCACAUCACCCUGUCAUUGAUUAUCAUCCUAUAAAUGCAUGUAUUCACAAGUAUUUUAUUUCUUACAUAAUAAUAAAACACAGUUACCUCAG